AUGCUUUCCGAGGUGUCCAUCGACGAUCACAAGUGGACCAACUGGAAACCUGAAGUCUUCUGCCAUCUGUUCCAACGCCCCGUCUUCCGGCCCCUGCCGCCUAAGCCCGAGGCCCUGUCUCUGCUUAGGGACCAUUUCGAGAACUUCAACUGCAUGCUCCCCCUCCCAUGCGAGGGAGGAGAGAUCAAGGCGCCACAAUUCAAUUUCACGGAGGACAUCCAAUACGGCUUCCCGACGGAUCGCGCAUUUGGUACGGUGGAGCUGGUCCUGAUCAAGGAAGCCGGCAGCAUAUGGGUUCCAGACUACGUUCUUUCUCUGCGAGCUGGAGGUGGCGAUGAUGAUGCCUUCCACAUCGUUCGGCUUGACCACCUAUACCCAAUCUAA